UUUCCCAACCCAAACCAUCCAAUUUGAAGCUCAAACUCACUCACCAAUGCUCCAAACCCCAAAAAAAUGUCGACUUUGAUGAACUUUACAACCACCAAGACACUCUUAACAGCCACCAUAAACUCAACAACCACCACAAAGGUGUUAACUUUCCACCGCCGGUUAACCUGCUCCGCCGCUGCAACGCCGCGGUUGGUUCCAAACCCACCGGAUUUAAUCAAAUGGGUGAGAAGAGAAGGUGGGUUCGUACACCCAUCUGUCCGAAUUGCUGAAUCUGGUCCCUAUGGGCUUGGAUUGGUUGCUUCUGAAGAAAUACCCAAAGGGUCUCAACUAAUUGGGCUCCCGGAGCAUGUACCGUUGAGGUUUCCGGUAGUUGAGUCUGGUGGUGGAGAUGAAGCCUGUGUUGGUUUGGUGAAUCUUGCUCGUUAUGUUCCGGAGGAACUAUGGGCUAUGAGAUUGGGAUUAAAACUUCUUCAAGAAAGAGCAAAGACGGGUUCCUUUUGGUGGCCUUAUAUCAGCAAUCUUCCGGAAACUUUUACCGUUCCCAUUUUCUUUUCGGGUGAUGAUAUUAAAAACUUGCAAUAUGCACCCCUCCUUUACCAGGUGAAUAAGAGAUGUCGUUUUCUUCUUGAUUUUGAGAAAGAAGUGAGACGUGAAGUCGAAGAUGUGAAAUUUGAAGACCAUCCUUUUGGAGGGCGAGAUGUAGAUGCAUCUUCGUUAGGGUGGGCCAUGUCAGCUGUUUCUUCUAGAGCUUUCCGGUUACACGGGAAAGCUCUUCAAAAUGGAAACAGUGGAGAUGUUCCAAUGAUGCUUCCUCUUAUUGAUAUGUGCAAUCAUAGCUUCAAUCCAAAUGCCGAAAUUGUUCAAGAACAAGGUUCCGGAGAUCCAAAGAUGCUAGUAAAGGUUGUUGCGGGGAUGAAUAUCAAAGAGCGUGAACAUAUGACGCUUAACUAUGGUUGCUUGAACAAUGAUUUUUUUCUUCUAGAUUAUGGGUUUGUGGUGCCAUCAAAUCCUUAUGAUUGUAUUGAACUUAAGUAUGACGGAGGUCUUUUCGAUGCUGCCAGCAUGGCAGCUGGUGUUUCAAACCCUAAUUUUUCUUCACCGGCUCCUUGGCAGCAACAAAUACUGUCAGGAUUGAAUUUGGACGGUGAUCAAGCUCUUCUCAAGGUAACUCUAGGUGGACCCGAAGUAGUAGAAGGCCGAUUAUUAGCUGCCUUGAGAGCACUCCUGACAAACGAUGCUGAAGCAGUACAAAAACACGAUCUAAACACGCUCAAAUCGCUCUCGGUCAAAGCUCCUCUUGGAUUAGCAAAUGAAACAGCCGUUCUUCGUACACUACUCGCAUUGUGUGUAAUAGCACUCAGUCACUUUCCCACAAAGAUAAUGGAAGAUGAAACUUUACUUAAAAAUGACGUUUCUACCUCGAUGGAACUGGCUCUACAGUUUAGAAUCCAAAAGAAAUCGGUAAUUAUAGAUGUUAUGAGAGAUCUUACCAAGAGGGUGAAGUUACUUUCUUCAAAUGAAUCACUUGCUUCUUGAAGCUGAAGUAUUCUUAUAUGUUUAUUGUUUCAUUUAGUUCAAUUUUGAAAGGAUAUAUUCGGGUUUUGAACUUGUUUGAGAAACAAGCGCCUUCUUUUUUUUGUUUUGAUUUUUUUUUUUUUUUUGGUAUUUUGAUCGGUUUUUUAAUUGUUGUAUGGAAUUAUCAGAUGUUUUACUGGAAACCAAUCCCAUACCUCUUGAUUACAGGAA